AUGAGACCCGAGGCAGUAAUACCUGAAAAACCUUGUACUCCCUUUCCAAUACUUUGCUCUUCUAAAGUGAUUUGUGGUUUUGGAAGGGGUUCGUCGGAAUUAGGAAUUCCAACUGCCAAUGUUCCAGUCGAAGAGGCCUUAAAUAAAUUAGAUACUGGCAUAUACUUUGGCUGGUGCCAACUAACUCCCGAAACAGGAAAAGAAAGUGAAUACAUCAAAAGUGAAGUAGGGAAGGAGAUUCAUUUCAAUUAUGGGCAUAAGUUACAUGAUAGAGACUCUACAGUUUUACCAAUGGUGAUGUCUUUGGGUUGGAAUCCUUUUUAUAAGAACGAUCAAAAGGCUGCCGAGGUACACAUAAUGCAUCAGUUUUCGGACAACUUUUAUGGAGCUAAUAUCAGGUUUGUAAUAUUGGGUUACAUACGUCCGGAAUUGAACUAUACUACAAAAGGUAUGUUAUGA